UCCCCCUCCUGCUUCUCCCCUUGUUCUGCAUGAAAAUAGCAGGUGGAAUCCCAGAGAAUUUGUUUCUGGAACAAUCCCGAGGCACUGAGCGCUCUGCACCUUUGGAAUCAUGGGAGUGACCCAUGGAAAGAAAGCAGAUCAUAAUCAUCAAAAUCAUAACUCUGCUUGUGCUCAACCACUUAUUGGACCUGGUGAAUCAGAUUUGGUCUCUGACCUUGGAUCCGUGAUAGACCCUGAUCAGAGGUGGGCCAGAGAAGAUGAUUUAGACCAGAGCAAGUUGCUUCCUGAGCAAACAGACAGCGGUUACUAUGAAGAGCUCAUCAGGCCCAAAAAGCUCCACAAUCCCAUCAAAGCGUCCAAGAGCCACAGGGAGCUCCAGCGAGAGCUGAUUAUUACACACAAAAGAGGAGCAGCGGUGGAGGAGAAGCCAGAGUUACAGAGAGUUCUGGAACAAAGAAACAGAGCUCAAGUUCUGAAACAAGACAGAAAACAGGAGGAGAAAUCACCACUGGAGCAGGAGUUAGUGAAGAGACAGAUGAGGUUAGAGAAGUUGGAGAGAGAGGUCGAAGAGCAGAGAGAAAGAUCAAAGUGCGCGCCUGAGUUCAUCAGGGUCAAAGAGAGCUUAAAGAGGACGGCGAUCACGAGCGCUUUGGAGAAAGAGCUGUAAUCAUUCCAUUGCUUCACUGAUCUAGAUGAGUGUCGAUACUCCACCAGCUGCCGACCCGAACGCUUCUUAGUUUUAUUCGGAAAGCUUGGGGUUCGGAUAUUAAAUGCAGCCACUGGAUGUAAGAAAACCGCUGGCAAGGACAAGGAUGUUGAAAAUGUGGGCUAAUGUUAAUGUCAUGUUAAGCACUUGUAAUGAUAUAAUAUGAUUUCAAUUUAAUUGCUGAUUAAGUGGCUGUAAUUUGCACCAGUUAGCGAAACACGCAAGAACAGAAUUACUUCAGUGUACUAGAAACUGUAUCUAGUAUAGAAAUUAUUGGUCUGCUAUAUUAUACACUUUGAUGAAGAGACAGCAAUUCUUAUCACAUUUUCUACAUUUAUGGUUCAGAACAUUUACUAUAUACACAGAUGCAAACUAAUUUCAGAUAUCGUGCACUACUACAUUUAACAGAAUGUUUAGUACAAAAAGAGCAUAUAGGAAAAAGGACACUAUGCCAUAAUGCAACGUUUUAGACUUUAGACAAAUUUUAGCAUCUCUUUCUUGACCCAGUAAUUGACUGGGCAAGCAAAUCUGGAAUUUAAAUUAAUUCAAAUAACUUUUUUUAUAUAACCAGUAUCAUUGCGUUGCACAAUUUCCCCAUGCUUUUUGUUUUAACAACAUACACUAUCACAAAACGAUCUUUUACAAUUAAGAUAUUGUUGACUUACGCUUCUUGUAUGUGACUUUUUAAUUAUUUUAUUAAUUUUUAAUUAGUGAAUGGUGCCGUCAAAAGUCAGUUAGGUCUUGUGCAGUGAAUUUUUUUUUUUUAUCAGCUGUAGUCAUGGAGAUUAUUGUGAUGUUUAUCAGCUGCUUGGACUUUCUCGCUCUGACGGCACCCAUUCACUCACUGGUGAGCAAGUGAUGAAAUCCUGAAUUUUUCCAAAUACGUUCUGAUGAAGAAACAUGAUUUGAGGGUCAAUUUUCAUUACUGAGUGAACUAUUCCUGAACUUUCCCACAAAUAUGAUGUUAACGUAAUAAAUCGUAUGCUUUUGAUGUGACACGUAUGUUUUUCAGCUAACAGCACAACUUUGUAAAUACGUUUUGUACAUUUUGCAGUAAUCUUUGAAUAAAGGGAUUUUGACAUGUCGUAGAGUAUAUAAUCUGAAAGUACCAACCACAGCCUGCCUUUGCAUAGCACUCUGAUGUGAACUUUAUUUGCACUGUACACAAAGAUUUUACUGAACACACAAUGCAUAGACAAGGAGUGUUUAUUCAUAACGUGCUACUACCUGUAUAUCUUUAAGGGUACAAAUCGUUGGCUCUUCAUAACUCCAUCGAUAACACAUGAUGCAUUGCAUCCAUACAUUUGUAGCUUUUACAAAAAAGAUAUACAAUAUAUGCAUACAUCAUUUUUAUGUAUAAUACACAUACUGUAUUUGUGUCUCCUCCUCACUUCCCGAAGUGUGUGUACUUCCAUGUGAAAAACAAAUUGAUCAAGGGAGGAAUUAACUACCCGAAAACUGGGGUGCAGCUUCCUUCAGUGCUUUCCAAAGCCAAAGUAAGUCAUAGGUGACUUCUAAUGAGCCAUUCUGAGGCAGUUUGCAUAAUUACCAUAACGAACUGAUUGCUGAACUGCUCAUUAGACUGUUGCAAUUUUAUACCAAUUACAUCAAUGAUUGCACUGGGGUACGAAGCGGUUCUAAAAUUAAAUAUUUAAAUGAUGUACUUAAUAUUUUAGAAUUACACUGAAUUGAAUAAAUAGCUAAAUAAAAUAAAAAGCAUUUUACAUUUAACAUAAAAAUGCUCUACCCUGACAUUUACUUUAUGCAAAUAAAUGCUAAAAACAGCUAUAUCAAACAGAUGGAGUGUCGUAUGUUUAAAAGGGAAAUGUCUUUAAUAUUAGGGGUCCGUUAGCAAAAAACUAAACGUGUGUGUCUUCAAGUAAGUUAAGUGCGCAAAUCUGCACAGAUAUACUGAUGAACAAGGUGAUAAAUGUUCUUGCUUUUUUUCUCUGCAUUAAUUCAGUUUAAAAGUAAGGCCCGUACUGAGUAUUGAGUUUUCUCUUAUAUACGUUUAAUAAAGAAAUAGAAAUUUCUUAUGCCUCCCAAUGACUUGUGACCGGAACAGUCUGUCUUGGUUUGAGAUUAGUACUGUAGUAAAGAUAUGAAUAUGUGUAUUUAAUAUUUUGAUCAUCGCUCUUGUAAACAUAUUUUUACGAGGUCAUGCAAACAUUAGACGUCUUCUGCACAGGAGAACAGUACAGAUCAUGGCCAGCGACCCAAACAAAAGAACCUGAACCAAUCGACCAAUCAGCUCACACAACAUGCACAACAUGGAAUAAUUGAUCAUCGCGGACAGUGUAAUCAUUUUGGUUGCAGAACUAAAUCACUGUUGCGACAAAGUAGUUCAUCAACAUCUGUUCCAAAACCUUCAAAGGCAGAAUCCUAAUUCAAACAAAAUCUCAUAAGUGACUGAUUUGAAACACUCUACAAUUAGUGCUUGUAGCGUACUCUAAAAAGCAUAGAUCCACAUAGCUUUCACAAGUACUGGCUGAAAUACUAAAAUACUAGUGUUUAUAUAUAUUUAGUGAGUGUGUUGCACUGCCUUAUGAGAUUGCUUUCGCAGAAGUGCGCAUCUGAUUCCUUCUGACUAAACUUGGGCUUACAUUCAAGAUUUAUGUAUUUGAAUUGUGUAAUAUUGCCAUCUAUUUGAGCUAAUCGUGUGAUGCAUAUUGCUAAGUCACGAAUAAAUGAAAUGGAUAAGAUUUCUGUACACAAAAAAAGCAUGGCGUAAUUUAUUAUUAACUAUUUGCAUCUACGGUAUUUUAUUUGAACAAUAUUUUCAUAAUGCAUUCAUUAGAAUUGCUUAUCAGCAUAAAUUUGUUCAUUUAUUCAGUUAAAAGCAUGGUUCAUUAGAUUAAUAAGAUUGAUUAGAUAAAUUAUUUAUUGAUGGUAAAUAUAUAAAUAUAUUGGUUAUUGUGUAUUUAAAACAUAUUUAUUGG